UCUCCGCUAAAUACGAGGAUUUGUUUGGCUACAGCUUCAGAAACAAACAAACAUCCCCAGCCUAAGUUGUCAACGUGAUAUUACUUUCAGUCACUUCUGGCAGCCUGUGUGGGUAUUAUGUCGAAGCCAGAUCAGAAAGCUCAGGAUUCAACUCAGGCCUCCUCGAGUGAGACGCUGGAGCAGCCCAUACCAGAGACUAAACUUGAUCAAACCCCGCAACCGUCCGUUAACCGCUCAGAACUAAUAUCAAGAGCUCGCACCUUCCUAUCAACUCCUCAUAUCCGCUCGCAGGACAAUGCUGCCAAGCAUGCGUUCCUCGUAGAGAAGGGACUUUCGCAAGACGAGAUUGAUUCACUACUCCGGGAAAUCCCUCCACUAGUACCACCACGGACGUAUCCACAACCUCCUCCAUCCAAUCUCCCUAACAUGCUCAUUGGGGUUGCGCGUAUAUUCACGUGGCUCACUGGCACCUCAGCAUGCCUCCUCUUUAUCUACUACCGCUUCUUGCUGCCAAGGAUCUCACAGACCUACAACGCUCGCCAUGCACUCCGCGCACAUCAAUCCGGCCUCAUGCUUCGUCUUAAUGAGUCCCUCGUGGGAUUCAAGGAGAAACAGGUGGAAUGUUUCGCUAUCCUACCAAAGCCCGUGAUAUAUAAAGAGGAACCGGAAUACGCAGACUGCCAUUCGCUAGAUGAAAUUCUUGCAUGUCGCCGCAAGGCCGACAUUGAUGACGAGGAUGCCAGUGACACCUCGAAUGUCUCGAUUUUGCGCUCUGCUGUUGAGGAACUGAGUCGUUCAAAGGAAAGCACGGAGGGAAUAGGCACAAGUGAUUUAUUCAGCCAUCUCGAAGACAAGCUUCCAUGGUUGAAGGGAGAACAAGGUGCUUCAUGUCAGAAUGACCUCUGGCAAACACUCAAUGAAUCCCCUCUGUUCACUUCCACCUCGCCAAAAUCUUCGUCUUCUUCGUCUAUCCCUGAGCAUCCCUCUCGCCUCCUCUGGACAUAUGUUCCUCCUCCAGUAUCCCCUCCUCCGCCCAUGAUGCUCGCUCUCGACACUCUGCAAGCUGCGCUUCCACGUAACGCACCAGCCGCUCCGCUCUCCAAACUUGAAACAGCGCCGCUUCGCCCUGCACAGCGAACCCUUCAAGCGCUCACAGAUUUCACCGGGUACAUCACCACUCGAACAUAUUCGUUCGGGUUAAAUAUGCGCGGCAUCAACGGGUCACCUACGACGGGCAGUGCUGACGUAGAUGAAGUACGCCGCGAGAUACGCGCACUGAAAGGUCUAGUUCUCAAUAGACGGUCGUUUUUACCCAAUGUCGGGCUACCGCGUACUUCAAGUGAGCCAUCGAAACUUGCUGGCGUAUGAAUUGUCGCAUCUCUGUACAGACAAUGUGCUAGUUCUAUACAUGUCACGCACCUCUAGGAAACUGAAUGACGCAGUUCAUUCCAACCCGUCGCCACCCGCGCUCAAUCUAUAUUGAAACAACUCAUCCACCACUGCUUGCCCGAUCAACUUUGUCAUGAAGUCCAUCUUUUCCUGCCCAGGACGCUCUUCAAAUUGGUCUUCUUCACCCGAGCACACACCGAGUACGUCAACUCCGAGUGACGCCAACGAAGAUCAACCCACUGGUUAAGGAGACGUUUCCGC